AUGAACGAGUACUCCAGGCACGAAUGGUGUCGUUUUGCCACGGAGAAUGGCGGUAUCGGAUCAUGUAUAGCCGCAAUCACGUGUGCAGGGAACAAGCAGGCGGAACACUUAGCAUUUCGCAAAGGCGACCAGGUGACGAUCCUAUGUUGUUUGGUGCAACCGGGUGACAGCAUGUAUCCCCAAGGCUGGUACCUUGGAUUUUGUGGAUACAUGGUUGGCUAUUUUGAUGGCGCACACAUGGAGUCCGUGCCGCCACUCUUGGGUGUGGGCACGCUUGAUCGCAGCAUGUCGCCCAACGAGCGUCCUUUUGCUAAGCCUGUCCCACUACAGAGUUGUACUUUAUCACCCAAUGAAUUUCUUGUCCUGUAUGAUCCUAUAUCGAGGCGCGAAACGAAGAGAAAGAACGCGCCGCCAGUGCAUCAUGCCCUGUUGUUUCAAUCCCUCUCUCCCCCGUCUUUGCCAAAAAGCGGGGAGUAUGAUGACGUGUAUUCGAUCUACGAUACAUAUUUUCGCCCAAGCACGUUUGUGGAGCCCGACGUGACUAAUGGGACCCAGGAGAAGGAGAAGGAUGAGCCCUUGACACCGGAAAGACCGAUCGACAAGGUGUUGAAUGUCGUGCCAGAGCAGGUCCCCAACCGCCUUCUGCAACAAGAUGACUCGACAGGCGGCUCAAACUCGCUACAGGACAGUCCCUCGUUCUCGUCUACUGAGAGCUCGUUUUAUGCCGCAGCCAUGACCUCGCCAGCGAGCCAGGUGCGUGCGCAGCCAAAGACAGAGCCUAUCCCAACGACGCCGUCGAAGCAGUCUGCCAGAGUCUACGCAUCGGCGACAGGAUCACCCUACCACAUGGAAAGGAGUCGAAGUCAGCAGGCGAUGGCAUCUUCGCCACGCCUGCCGCGUCAUGGAGGUGCAUAUUCUGCCACACCUCCUACUUCGCCGUACCGCGUGGCGCCUACGAUCACGUCGCCUGCAUCCAUGGCUGGCAGUGGUCUAGGGUCAGGGACAUCGCGUGAAUCGCCCAGCGCGGGUCCUGCACCUAGUUUGUACGGCUCGCCCCGCUCCAAGAUGACGCUGGACGUCUCGGAACAUGCUCUGUCGGAUCGGGCGCAGCUCUUCCAGCUGUGGACAACGUUGCUAACAGACCGCUCGCCCACAUCGCGCACGCUGAAAAAGGCACAGCAGCUCGUUCAUCUGGGCGUGCCAAGUGCACUUCGUGGUCGUGUGUGGCUGCUGCUGGCCGACAAGCAGGUGCAGCCCAAACGAGGUGUAUUCGACCAAAUGUGCCAGGCGAGUUCAGAGUCACAGCGACAACCCGACAAAUACCAAUUUUCUAUACUGAUUGAGCAGGAUCUCCAUCAGUGCUUCCCAGUAAGUCAACCAUUUGAUGGCAUGGGUGGAUCGACGCGCGACACAAUUCGCCGUAUUUUGCACGCGUAUGCAUUCUACAACCCCAAGGUCGGCUACACGGAGGGCAUGUGCCUGUUGGUUGGCUUGUUGCUCACGCAUUUGCAUGCUGAAGAUGCUUUCUGGCUGCUUGAUGCUAUUGUGCAUGGAUAUGGCAUGGAGCACAUCUACACAGGAGAUAUGCAUCGCUUGCACGUGGACAAUCUUGUGGUGGAUGAGCUCCUUCGCAUGGUGGACGUCGAAUUGCAUCAACAACUGCGUGACCUUAGCAUUGAGCCGAUCAUGUUCCUUCCCGGGUGGAUUCUCCCCAUCUUUGUGCGCACUCUGCCAUGGGCUACGCUCGUGCGUGUAUGGGAUAUGUUUAUGUGCUAUGGCUACACAUUUCUGCUCCGCACAGCUGUGGCAAUUUUGUGCUUGUGCCGGCAAACUCUGCUACAGCUGCCGCAUGAGCAACGCCGCAUGAUGACUCUGCGUCACCUCGUGUUUGUGCCGCCAGGUGCACUGUCGGAAGUGAACGUGCUAAACCGUGCCCUUGAAUUACCAGUCACGAAUAAAGAGAUUGUGCGUAUGGAAGCCACGGCGGAACGACUUUUGCAAGAGCGCGUUCCUUCAGAUGCCACUUUGGAACAAGAAGAGGGGGUAAGACGUGCCCCGUCGAUGCAAGGUAAGCCCAUGACGAAAAAGACCCUGCGGGUCUUGCUGGGACGUAAAAAUUAG